AUGUCUCUGUGGAAGCUGCGUGGUAUUGUGUUAUUCCUGUCCAUCCUGUGUCGCACAAAUGGACAGCGCUUUGUUGACAGGUUCACCCUGCUGGCUCCAGACCUGCUGAGGACCGACAGCCAGGAGAACAUCUUCCUGAAGGCCGAAGGCCUGACCAGCCCCGUCGCCGUCUCCAUCUCCAUCCAGGACUUCAGUAAGACCACCAUGCUGCUGCAGGACUCCGUGACCCUCAGCCAGGAGAACAGCUUCCACAUUCUCAAGACCAUCCAGCUUCCUUCAGGCGACUUGAACCGCGAUGAGAAGAAGAACAAGUUUGUUUAUUUGAAAGUGAACUUUGAGGGUUUCCACGUGGAGGAGCGGGUGCUGAUGGUGACCUUCCACUCGGGGUACAUCUUCAUCCAGACGGACAAACCCGUCUACAACCCCGGAGACACCGUGCGACUCAGAGCCUUCGUGUCCUCUCCAACCUUCAAGGCCGCUGACAGCUCCAUCACCAUUGACAUUCAGAAUCCAGACGGUGUGGUGGUGAAACAGAUCUUCAGAGUCAGAGCGACUGACGGCAUCUUCAGAGAACCGAUUCCUCUCUCUGAAAUUGUCAGUGAAGGAUUGUGGGUAGUGACCGCAAAGUUUGACCACUGGCCGCAGAACACGUUCACCUCCCAGUUCGAGGUGAAGAAGUAUGUACUUCCUGCUUUCAAUGUGACCAUGACCCCAAAGACGUCCUUCCUCAGCCUGGAUGACAAAGAACUGGCAGUGGAGAUUUCUGCCAGGUACCUGUACGGGGAGACGGUCCAGGGAACGGCCUAUGUGGUGUUCGGAGUGAAAAUGAACAAGGACAUGAUCCGGCUGCCCGCAGUGAAGCAGGUGUCUCAGCUGGAUGGCGGAGUGGUCAGACUGAGCAUGGAUGAGCUCAAACAAGCUUACCCCAACAUCAGGUCCCUGGUGGGCCACUCUCUGUAUGUCAAAGCCUCUGUUCUCACCAAAACAGGUAGCGAUCUGGUCGAGGCAGAAAAGACUGGCAUCAAAAUCGUGGAGUCUCCAUAUGUCGUAUCCUUCAAAGACCCUCCAAAGUACUUCAAGCCAGGCCUGCCUCUGGACUUCACAGUGCUGGUGAACCACCAUGACGGUUCCCCGGCUCGUAACGUGGAGGUGAAGCUGAGCCUGCUGGACGAGCCGCUGAUCGUCGCCUCCGGUUCGGCCAGAGCCUCCAUCAACAUGCCCAGUGACCAACGUCCACAAAUCAUCAUGGCUGAGACCACCCAGGCCGGCCUGAGACCCGAGCAGCAGGCCAGACAGCAGAUGACGGUCCAGCCAUACGCCGCCUUCGACAGGAGGCAGCAGAACUACCUGGCCAUCUCCACGGGAAGCAGCAGCGUGUCCGUGGGGGACAUGCUGUCCAUCAAGCUGAGCAUCAUCACUGCAGACCAGACACACAGAGACUUCAUCAAACACAUCACCUACAUGGUGCUCAGUAAAGGUAGAAUCAUCACCGCAGAGCAGCUGGACGUCAGUGGCCAGGUGCUCACCACCGUGGGUCUCUUAGUGACCCCAGACAUGAUGCCGUCGUUCCGGUUCGUGGCCUUCUACAGUAUUCCCUGGGCCCGGCGAGAGGAGGUGGUGUCGGACUCGGUCUGGAUCGACGUGGUGGAUUCCUGCAUCGGAGGGCUGACGGUGGGCCCAGUGGACGGCAUCGCCAGAGACCACACACCUGGAAAGGCCAUCCGCUUCCAGAUCCGUGGUGACCCGGGGUCAAAGGUCAGCAUGGUGGCUGUGGACAACGCUGUGUAUCUGCUCAGCAGGGACAGACUCACGCAGAAGAAGAUCUGGGACGUGGUGGAGCGCGGAGACAUGGGCUGCACCCGCGGCGGAGGCAGAGACGCUUCUAGAGUGUUUUCAGACGCCGGAGUCCUUUACUCCUCCAGCAGGGGCUUCAGAACUCACACCAGACAAGCCCUGCAGUGUCCAGGUAAUUCCAGGAGGAGGCGCUCUCCUGAACAGAUGCAGCGCAAAGUGCAGCUGGAGAAUCACUACAAAGAGAAGCUGCUGCGCCGCUGCUGUAAAGACGGCCUCAGGGAGAUCCCCAUGCCGUACUCCUGCACCCGCCGCUCCCUCUACAUCACCGAGGGCUGGGAGUGCAUCCGCGCUUUCCGCUACUGCUGCGCCACCUACAGGGGACAGGUGUUCGACACGGAGGUGCCCACCACCCUGCCUCCCACAACCACAAGCGCUCCAAUGACCACAAGCGCCCGUCCGUUUUCCCGGGAGAACGUAGGCAAUCGGGGCAGGGGGUCCAUCUCCAAAUACUCCCUAGGACCACCUGGGCGACCUGGACAUUCAAGUCCUGUCAUGUUUGGACCGCCUGGGCGCCCUGGACCUACCGGAGGCAUGACUUAUACAAGUGUAAACAAAAUGCCAGAUGAAGAGCUGUCAGUGCUGCGAGAGGUAGUUGAAGAGGAGGAGGAAGAGGAGUGGGAGUACCUGGACGAGACGGAUGUGUAUCUACGAUCCAAAUUCUUUGAGUCCUGGCUGUGGACGGAUUUUGACCUGCCGACCGAGGCACACGCUGAUGGGAAGGCGUCUCUGGUUGUGAGUAAUGUCCUGCCAGACAGCAUCACAGAGUGGGGAUUCCUGGCAGUCAGCGCAUCACCUGAUACAGGUUUCUGUGUGGCGGACCCUUACAACGUGAAAGCCUGGAAGCCGUUCUUCGUGGACUUGAAGCUGCCGUACUCGGUGGCGAGGAACGAGCAGGUGGAGAUCAAAGCCGUGAUCCAUAACUACGGCGACGAGGACCUCCACGUGAGGGUGGUGCUGAUGAAGACGGUGGACAUGUGCAGCAUCGCCUUCAAGGACCGACACACGCAGGAAGUGACGCUGCCCGCCGGCUCUUCGGUGGCGGUGCCGUACACCAUCGUGCCCUUGGUGGUGGGGAAGCUUCCUCUGGAGGUGAUGGUGCUCGGCAGAGACAUGACGGGAGGAGACCGCGUCCAGAAAUUCCUCCGUGUGGUGCUGGAUGGAGUGCAAAAGACCAAAGUGUGGAGUUCUGUGUUGAACCCGUCUGCUGAAGGAGGAACGCAGACGGUCCGUGUUGGCAAAGUCGACCUGGAGUCAGUCGUUCCAAACUCUGUCCCAGAAACAUUCAUGAACAUCCGAGGCAGCGUGUUGGCAGACAGCAUCGAUAACUCCAUCAGCGAGGACUCUCUGGGGGCUUUGAUCCGGAUGCCCGGCGGCUGCGUGGAGCAGAACCUGGCCAGCAUCACGCUGCCGCUCAUCGCCACGCUCUACCUGGAGCGGAGCAAAGGAUGGGAGAGCGUCGGGGUGGAGCGCAAGGCGGAGGCCAUCCGAUACAUCAGGAGAGGCUAUGAGAAGCAGCUGGCUUACAGAAUGCCUGACGGAGCUUACCCACCUUACAGAGGCCAAGGAGGGAGCACAUGGAUCACAGCGUACGUGGUGAAAGUGUUCUCCAUGGCUCACUCCAUUAUCGGAGUGAGCAAGAAGGAGUUGUGUGACCCCCUGGUGUACCUGAUUCAGAAGAAAUACCGGAGUGUCCAGGGGAGAUUCAUCGAGGACAACCCGGUCUACAGCACCACCAUGACGGGUGGACUUCAAGGAGACGAUCCGGAGACGACGCUGACCGCUUUCGUCCUCAUCGCUCUGGCCGAGGCCAAGCAGGCGGGCUUCCACUGCGAAGGUCCUCUGGUGAAGAUGGAGGUAGUGAUCCGCAGGACGACGGAUUACCUGAAGAAAGCUUUAUUGAAGCCUGGACGGAGACCGUACACAGUGGCCAUCGUCUCCUACGCACUUUCCCUGACAGACAGUCGACGCUUCAACCCCACAAAGAUUUUACUUGCAGCUGCAGCUGAAGGCGGCAGCCACUGGCCUGACAGAGAAAACACUCUGUUCACGCUGGAGGCGACGGGCUACGCCCUGCUGGCUCUGGUCAGGAUGGGGCAGAUGGAGGAAGCUGCUGCCGCCUUCAAGUGGCUGAACAGCCAGAGGAGAAGGGGAGGGGGCUUCGGCUCCACGCAGUCCACCAUGGUGGUCCUCCAGGCACUGUCGGAGUACCUGAUCCAGCAGCCGCCUCCGCAGGACCUCAGGCUGGACGUGGACGUCAGGAUACCCGGGCGCAGUGAAAUCCGCUACCACUUCAACCCCGACACGGCCUACGUGGCUCGCUCCUCCAGGUUGUCUUUUAAUCAAGGAUUCGAAGUGGAAGCUCGAGGAAAUGGAGAGGGAAUACUGGAGGUGGUGACUUAUUACAACCAGCUGCACGAGGUGGACGAGAACCAGCCCUGCAAGGACUUUGAACUCGGCGUCGCUAUUGAGGAAUCCAGCGAGAAGCCGCCAGCAGAUGUGGAAAAGUCCUACCAGCUCACCAUCAAAGUGAGGGCUUUAGGGCCCAGAGACGUCCGGAUGGUGGUCCUCGACAUCAGUCUGCCCACUGGAUUCACUCCUGAAAACUCAGACCUGGAAAUGUUGUCCAACUCUGUGGACCGGUACAUCAGUAACUUCCAGAUUGUGGAUAAUCUGAGUGACAGAGGAUCGCUCAUCAUCCACCUGUUCAAGGUUUCUCACAAGGAGCCGGAGAUCCUGAUCUUCAGGCUGCAGCAGAGGUUCAAAGUGGGCCUCCUUCAGCCUUCCUCGGUCACUGUGUAUGAGUAUUACAACCCAGACCACCGCUGCAGCCGGACCUACACUCCCACUGAGGACAAGGAGGAGCUCAGUCAGAUCUGCAGGGACAACGUCUGCCGCUGCACGCAGGGCGACUGCUGCAUCGCCAGAACAGACGACCAGCAUUUCCCCAACCAUGAAAGAGAGACGUUUGCCUGCAAGAGCCUCCACCAUGUUUUCCAGGUGAAGGUGCUGAAUGUCAGCCAGAGGUACUACGACAAGUACGAGGUGGAGAUCACACAAGUGAUCAAACUGGGUGUGGAGGCUGGAGUGGAAGUGGGGCAGCGAAGGUUUUUUAUGUCUCACGGAGGCUGCAGGGACCGACUCAGCCUGGAGCCGGGCUCCCAGUAUCUCAUCAUCGGCCCUAAAGAGGACUUGUGGAACACGGAGCCCGACACCCAGAGAUACGUCUACAUGCUGGGGAAGGACACGUGGGUGGAGCGCUGGCCUUCGUCUGCAGAGUGCUCCGGCUCGCCCAGCCUGCAAGCCAAAUGCAAGAGUCUCAACGACGCCGCGGCCGAACUCUCCUUCAACGGCUGCCGGCAGUAGACAAACCCGAGGAGGAG